UAAAUGUAACGAAGGAAGAAGGAAAACAGAAAAACGUGCUCUUGAUUGAAAUUAUUUUUAUUAAACGGAAAAUGGAUGAAUUAAUUGUAGGAACAUAUGAAGGUUUUCUACUAGGGUACUCGAUUUACACAGAAAAUGAGGUGCCUAAAUUAAAACAGUCCUUUGCUACACAAUCGCAUACGGCGUCUGUGCGAUGUGUGGCUACUGGGGGAAAGUUUUUAGCAUCAGGAGGCACCGACGAUAAGGUGGUAGUGAUAGAUUUGAAGUCCCGCAAGGAACACACAGUCUUGAUGAACCACGAUGGUACCGUAAAUACAGCCGCCUUUACCCAUAGCGGAACUCACCUUUUGACUGGUGCUGAUGAUGGCUGCAUUAUUGUUACAAGGACUGGUAACUGGCAAAUCGAGAAAGUAUGGAAGAAAGCCCAUGGAGGUCAACCAGUGACUGCAAUAGCUGUUCAUCCUUCAGAUAAGCUUGCUCUUAGCAUUGGGGGUGAUAAAACUUUAAGGACUUGGAAUCUUAUUAAGGGAAGACCUGCAUUCACUAUCAAUUUAUCCAGCAAAGGUAUAACAAUGCCAACUGAAAUCAAAUUCUCACCAGGAGGGGACCGGUUCUCAUUAGUCUACCAGCAAUGUGUAGACGUGUGGACAAUAAGCAAAGCAGGAGUAGAGAAACAUAUUACUUGUAAUUCUAAGCCUUCUACUGUUCAGUGGGUAACAGAUGACAAAAUGUUUGUUGGAUUAGAAAAUGGUAACAUAAUUUUGUUUACAGUGUCUGAUACUAAAGCGAAAACUUUUCAAGGACACAAACACAGGGUGAAAUGUUUGCAUUAUGAAAAUGAAAUUUUGUAUUCAGCAUCUAGUGCAGGAGAACUCAAAGUGUGGUCAGAUGCUGAUGAUACAAUUACAGAAAUAUGUGCCAACAAUGCUGGAUGUAGGCUCACUUGUGUCACACUGAACAGACAAAACCAUUUGAUCAAGAAGGAAGAUAAGUCAGAUGAUGAAACUGGAAAUGAAAAAACAAAUAAUCUUACAAAAAGUAAUAGUGAAGAUUCAGAUGAUGAGCCAGCUGAAAAAGUAAAUAAGGCACAGAAAAGGCCACCAGGUGCUUUUGUGAGGAUAAGUUAUGGUAGUGAUGAAGAAGAUGUCAAGGAAGAAACAACUCCUCCAAAGAAGAAAUUUAAAAAGAGGAAGAGGAACAAAAAACUAAAAAAUAAGAAUAAAAUCAAUGAAUAAUUA